AUUCCCCAUUUUAUUGAAAUGAAGAAAUUAGCCGCGAAGAUGUAUUAGAAAAUAAUAACUGAACUUUAAAUAAUUUUUGAGUGUGUUAAUAGAAGUAAAUCCUGAACCAAAAUUUUUCUUUGUUACGUUAGUGGUUUUCUAUUUUGCUAAGUCUUAGCAUUUAUCAUAUCAUUACGAUGGCGCGUCAUGCUAAUAUUGCAACCCAAAGUCAAGCCUCUAGUAUUUGGGGUCAGACUCAGAGCCAACCAAUUGAGAAUAUAAUCUGGGGACGUCUAUAUGGAAAGAACAUAAAAAUGAAUUCUAUAGAUUUAAAUGCCGACGAAUUUACAGCUGGAAGAGGUGAAACUUGUAAUUUAAUGUUAACGCUGGAUUAUUUGCCAGAAAAAAUACUAUAUCGCAUAUCAAAAGUACAUUUUACAUUGAAGAGGGAAAAUUGUGAUAUAUCGAAUCCCGUUUAUAUUGAAGACAACUCUCGUAAUGGGACAUUUAUAAAUGGUGAACGUAUUGGUAUAAACAAAACAAGAAUACUGAAAAACGAUGAUGUUAUUUCUCUUUGCCAUCCUACGAAUAAAGCCUUUGUAUUCAAAGAUUUAUGCCCAAAUGAGGCAUUAGGCUUGCCAAAAGAAAUUACAAGUUCAUAUUAUGUGAGUCGCAAGUUGGGUUCUGGUGCUUGCGGUUUGGUGCGUUUGGUGUUUGAUAUUCGUUCAUGUGAGCAGUUUGCAAUGAAAAUGGUUAAGAAAAAUCUACUCAGUGAAUCCAGCGCUAUCACUCGUAAUAAACCGUCCAAUUCCAAUGAUCCCGAAAAGGUGCUUAAUGAGGCGAAUAUUAUGAAGAGUCUUUCGCAUCCCUGUGUCAUCAAAAUGCAUGAUAUAAUUGAUAAGCCAGAUUCUGUUUAUAUGGUGUUGGAGUUUAUGAAGGGCGGUGAUUUACUCAAUCGCAUAGUAACAAAGAGAAAUCUCACCGAACCGAUAUCCAAACUAUUUUUUUAUCAAAUGUGUCAUGCCGUUAAGUAUUUGCACGACAAAGGCAUAAGUCAUCGCGAUUUAAAACCUGACAAUGUGUUGCUGGAAACUUCGAACGAGGAAACUUUAUUAAAAGUUUCCGAUUUUGGUCUCAGUAAAUUCGUGCAAAAUGAUUCAGUCAUGAAAACGCUUUGUGGCACCCCAUUAUAUGUAGCACCUGAAGUGCUACAAACCGGUGGACGUGGGGCUUACACAAAAAAAGUGGACAUUUGGAGUCUUGGUGUUGUGCUAUUUACUUGUCUAAGUGGUACUUUGCCCUUCUCGGACGAUUUUGGUACACCUGCUAGCGAACAAAUAAAGCACGGACGUUUUCGCUUUAGUCAUCCUACAUGGAGAAAGGUCUCUCAACGUGCUACCACACUUAUAAAAGAAAUGUUGGUUGUUGAUCCUAAAAAACGUCCAACAGUUAAUGAUGUGCUAAAAAGCAGCUGGCUUAAAGACAAUGAAAUGUUACGUAAAGCAAAAGCUUUAAUGCAGUUAAAUACAAUGGAUAUUGACGAGGAAGAAGAAAACUUUUUACAACCACCUACAAAACGUGCAAGAAGAUGAACUACGAUUAUAUUUUAUAUGUAUAUUAUGUUUAAGUGAGAGUAUUUUACAAACUGUUUUCAGUGUAAACUGUGUAUCACAGUUUAAUUACGCAUUUUAUUAUUGUCUAAGAAAAAUGUAUUUUUAUUGUUGAAUUAUUCAAUGUUUGAAUGUAUUGCUGUAUACGGCUAAUGAUACUUCAUUUUUUAUGUUAUUUGAAAUACUUAAAUUGACAUGCACGAGUUUUUUGAUAUUACUUAUUGCACUGUAUAUAUAAGAGUUUACUUAAGUUUUUGUUAAAGAAUUAAUAAUACAUAUAUGUUUUUAUGUUUCGUUUAAUGUGUUUUAGAAAUGUAUACAAAAAAGUAGCUGUAAGUUUACAAUAUUUUAUAUGUAUGUGCUCAAGAAAGUGAAGACAUGUCAUUCGAUGUCUAAAUCUAUACAAAUUGAAAGUAGUUGAAUUUAUUAUAUAAUUAUACAGAUCACUGCUUGAAAACGUACAAUAUGCAGGCUUAAAGUGAUAAUAUAACCUGUGUGCCAAAUAUUUCCAUUUAUUUUGAUUCCAGCACAAUUUAUAAAUGUUAAAAUUGUUGAUGAAAAAAAUAAUAUUUACAUUAAUAAACGAAAGUGAUUAAAUUUUUGA